AAUUUGUCUGUCAAAAAGCCGUUUGCCCUAUUGAUGGGUGUCGAGUUUUCUGUAAUAAAUUUCUUAUUUAUUCAAAUUCUUUAAGUCUAUUUGGUUUUGUAUUGCUGAAAAAUGGUUUAAUUACUGUAAUUUCCUCUAAAUUAUAAUAAGUGGCUGUGCAUUGACUCUUGUAAACAAAUCCAAAAUGUCCGUUCCCAACACUGGAUUGAGCAAAUUGAAAAAGAAACAUAUUCGCGUGAAACAUCAAAAAGUGAAAUUGUUUCGUGCUAAUGAACCGUUACUGUCUGUUUUUAUGUGGGGUGUUAAUCACACGAUAAAUGAAUUAAGCCAUGUUUCCAUACCAGUUAUGUUGCUACCAGAUGACUUCAGAGCUUACUCAAAGCUCAAAGUGGACAAUCAUUUGUUCAACAAAGAAAACAUGCCAUCUCAUUUUAAGGUGAAAGAAUACUGUCCGCUAGUCUUCCGGAACCUCAGAGAAAGGUUCGGUAUUGACGAUUUGGACUACAAGGAGUCGCUGACGAGGUUUAGAAAGCCAGAUAACUACCUCUGCUCGAGGAGGACGAAGAGGCUUAACAGUAAGCUGAGGCGGUCGGCUACAGCGCCGUCCGGUGUCGGCGAUUUGAAAGCCGAUGCCCACCAAGAGGGCAUAUUCCACGAUGCGAGUGAAUUCGUCAAGCGCGGUUUGACGAUUAAACGACUGAGAUCCCAACCGAUCCCGGACGACUCGUCGGGCAAGUCCGGGGCGAAGUUCUACCAGAGUUACGACAGGCUCUUCAUCCUCAAGACCCUCACGUCGGAGGAGGUGGAGAGGAUGCAUUCCUUCCUUAAACACUAUCAUCCUUAUAUAGUGGAAAGACAUGGAAAAACUCUCCUACCGCAGUACCUCGGCAUGUACCGGUUGACGGUAGACGGUAUUGAGCACUACCUCGUGGCCACAAGGAAUGUAUUUUCCAACCACCUUAAUAUUCAUAAGAAAUACGACUUAAAAGGAUCUACAGUUGACCGUGAAGCAUCAGAGAAAGAGUUAGAGAAAGAGCUGCCGACACUUAAAGAUAACGACUUCAUCAAGCAAGGCGUCCGUAUCGAUAUCGGUGAUGCGGCCAAGGAGAAGUUGCUCGAAACCCUCACCGCCGACGUAGAGUUCCUCACGAAGCUGCACCUGAUGGACUAUUCGCUGCUGCUGGGCGUGCACGAGUGCGGGCGCGGAGAGGCGGAGGCGGAGGCGGCGCGCCAGCGGGAGGCCGAGCCCGACAGCGACGACACCGACACCGACACCGACACCGACAACCGCCACCACGGCGACAAAUGGGGUUACAACACUCCUCCUGACAGUCCCCGGGGUCUGGGUCGUCAGUCUUCGUUGCGUUAUGAAGGCAUCAUACCAGAACUGGACAUCUACGCCAUUCCCAGCCAUGAUGGUGCACCAAAGAAAGAGAUAUAUUUCGUUGCUUUAAUCGAUGUACUGACGCAUUACGGGGUCAAGAAACAGGCAGCUAAAGCAGCGAAGACAGUGAAGUACGGGAGCAACGUUGACGGCAUUUCAACUUGCGACCCCGAACAAUAUGGAAAGCGGUUCAUUGAGUUUGUUGCCAAAGCAAUUGAAAGCAAUUAAAAUUAAUGAAAAUGCCUCUUUUAGUGCACACCGUUAUGUGGGGGUAAUGGUUUAUUUAUUAUUACGUUUUGAACAUGUAUUAUAGUUCUUUUAUUAUAUUUUUAAUUCUAAUAUACAUAGCUAUAUAGAUAUGUUUCAAUAUAUUUUAGUUUAUUUGAUUGAAAUUUUGUAUGAACGAUUGAAGACUAGCACUAACGUUCAGCUGCCUUCGAAUGUGAAAUGUUUUAAUGUUAUUUGCACAUUUUUGUAAUAUCUUUCGUACUAAUGAUUCAAUAUGUAUUUUAUCAAAUUACGUCGGAAUUAUUUGAUACAAUUCCGACGAAUAAUUAUAAAUGAAUAGUCCAUAUAAAUAUUUUUUGUAAAAAAAAAAUUGGUUAAAAGUCAUUCCAAAUUGAAAAUUUUGCAUUGGUAUAAUGAGAUGAAAAAUAAUAUAUUUUAUAGUUUAUUUAUUAUGCUUUAUAUUAAAUAAAUACAAACGUGACAGGGUGUAUGAUCAUAUUUUUAAAAUUGAUUAAGCACUAAAAGAGGCAAAGGUAACUUCCUAAUACGGAUGGUCGGUGCACAACUGUCAUUAAAAAGCUUUGAAGCUUUUAAUUGAGUAUAUUUAUUCUUAAAUCGUUCCGAAUUUGAAUGUUAAGCUGUUUGCUACCUACCGACAUAAUGAAACUUCAAAUACCUUGUCCAGCUUUCGUUAUUAAUAUAUUACAAAAUCGAUAUUAGAUAUUAUUUUUACAUAAUCGAUUUAGUCGAAAACGAAUUUUAUAAUCAUUGUCAAUUUUCAAUUGUAUUCAAUAGCUUCUGUGCUAAUACACAUAUAUAUAUUUUUUAAUAAAUAAAUAUCUCAAUUUUAAUAAAACUCAAUUAGCUUUGAUGUUUUGAAUAACAGCUUUUUUAAAUUAAGAGUGCCAUUGCGAUAUUAAAAAAAAAUGAAUUCAAUAUUAGAACCUAAAUACGCUAAAGUAUUAACAGUGAAUUUUACGUUUUGAGGUUUGUCUAUAUGUAUUUAUGAUGGUCUAAAUAUUUGUAUGUUUUUUUUUUUCAAAGUGGAAUGGCAUAAAGCCUUUCACGUGUUAACAUUGAAAUGAAAUAAAAAAGCUGUUAUUCUUAUUGGUGAUCUCUUUAAAAGUCUUGAACUGACAUUUAAAAACUACAAGCACACAUUGCAAUAAUUUUCAUAACUCGUUACUAGCUUUUAUAAUGUUCAGCUAUUGUAGAUUAGUAUGUAAUAAAUAUUAUUGUUAAAUAUCAUUGAUAUAAAGUUUUGAGAGUUAAAAUGAAUAAAAUUAAUGUUAAACGCUGAAUUCGAUAUAAAGUUUGAUAUACGAUUAAUGGCUGUUACGAUUUGGCACUGUGUUGUAUAUCCGGCCCGAGUGUCGCGGGAUCGCUAUUUAAUCGUUUUUGCCAAUGUCUAAAUAAUUUGCUUAGUAUCUGUCUAGCGUAGUGUUAAAAUAUAUUGUAAGAUUUUGUUAUUUAUUAUUCUAUAAAUAAUUAAGACUUGGAUUGUUACUGAGAUCUUUGUGAUGUUGAUCUGUGAAACUGUCAAUAUGUAACGCGGUAUUUAUAUUAAAUUGUAAUCUGUGGGACGGUUAAGUAUUUAUCUACGAAAAUUCUAAAAACGAUGUGUUCUAGACUUUUCCGAACGUUUUGUUGUGACUCAAUGUAUGUUUAUUAAAAUAAAUAUUUAUAAAAAAAACAGUAUUCCAUUUCAAAGGUACCCAUACAUUGGUUUUAAACUUUGUCAAAGAUAGUUUUUGUGAUAGAUAUUGUUUUACUUAGAGUUUAAUUUAAUCUAAAUAAGAGGGUCCGUCAUUAUAAUCUUGUUCAAAUUAUGCACAUUUAACACACAAAUAAUGUAAAAUUAAAAAUGUAAGUGAUGUUUUUGGUAUUUGCGAGCAUUAGUUUCACUCUUUUUAAACGUUUGUAAUUUAUAAUGUAUCAACAUUGAUUCCUGAACAAUGUGUUAGUCAUGAAAUGAUUCAAUAUGUCAUAUGUGUUGCCAUUGUUUAGGUCGAUAAUUAAUUGUAAUGUUACAAUAGGUUAUAUUUUGUUAACGGUGAGGGAGCUACAGCCUACUUGGCAUAUUUAUUACGGAUGAUACAGAUGCUUCGCUAAUAAUCGGCAUGUAAGCAACAUAAUUGAAAUGUUAUAAUUCUCUAGUCUAAUUUUUACUCUUGUAAAGACAAUGUGUAUGAAAAAAAUAAUUAAACUUUAAUUUUUUAAUUAUUCGGUUUAUAAAGUUUCUGCAAA